AGGUGGAAAGUUGCAGUGACACAUGCACUGCAGGUGUCCACGUCUCAACAGAGGGGACAGAAGAGACAGAAACGCCAUCAUGAGGACGCACACGCUUCUGUCCAUAGCUCUGCUGGGCCUGCUGCUGGGGGCCUCCUGCAUCCAGGCCAACGACACAGACAACGAGACAGAAGCACCACAAGGGACAUCGGCGGAGACAAAGGAAGAUGCUUCAGUGGAGACAGGGGAGGAGGAGGAGGAGGGGGAGGCACCGAAGAAAGAGAAAACAACGGAGAUAGAGGAGGAGAAAGAUGUGAUGGUUCUCCACAUCAACAACUUUGACCGAGCUCUCAGCGAGUAUAAGUUCAUACUGGUCGAAUUCUACGCUCCAUGGUGUGGUCACUGUCAACGGCUGGAGCCUGUGUACGCAGAGGCUGCUGGGAAACUGAAGGAGGAGGGUACGGCGAUACGUUUAGCCAAAGUGGACGCCAUCGAGGAGAAGGAGCUGGCUGACGAGUUUGAAGUUGGAAGCUUCCCCACUUUGAAAUUGUUCUCCAAUGGAGACCGCAAGAGUCCUGUUGACUUCACUGGUAAGAGGACGACUGAGGGAAUAAUCCAGUGGAUGAAGCGUCGCUCAGGACCUGGCGCUGCUGUGCUGGACUCUGCAGAGUCUGCAGCUCAGUUCAUCGACGCCCAUAAAGUCACAGUUGUCGGAUUCUUUGGUAGUCUGGAAGGUGAGGCAGCUGAGGUGUUCAAAGAAGUUUCCUUGGAUCGGACUGACGCAGAGUUCGCCCUCACGUCAAGUCCUGACGUUUUCCAGAAGUAUGAAGUAAAAUCCGACUCAGUGGUUCUCUUCAAAAAGUUUGACGAGGGCAGAGCAGACUUUACGUUGUCAGAAGACGAGAAGCUGGACAAAACCAAUCUGACCACCUUCAUCGACAAAAACAGCCUGGAGCUGAUCAUCCCAUUCAGUGAAGAGAAUGCAGACAAGAUCUUCUCCUCCAACAUCAAACUGCACAGUCUGCUGUUCAUCAACUCCACUGUGGAGAGUCAGAAAGCACUGAUGGACGACGCCAGGACUGUGGCCAAAGUGUUCAAGGACAAGAUGCUGUUUGUUUCCAUUGACGUGACAACAGCCAUAUCUCAUGUGCUGACAUACUUUGGCGUGUCCGCGGACGACGCCCCCACUGUUCGCGUCAUCGAAAUGGAGACGGGAAAGAAGUACAGGAUGUCCACCAAUGACAUCACAGCAGAAUCACUGCAACAGCUGUGUCAGGAGGUUUUGGACGGCACUGCCAAGCCAUACUUUCGGACACAGGAAAUCCCAGAGGACUGGGAUAAAGGACCGGUCAAAGUCCUGGUGGGGAAGAAUUUUGAGUCUGUUGCUCUGGAUCCGACCAAAAACGUCUUUGUGGAGUUUUAUGCUCCAUGGUGUGGACACUGUAAGGAACUGGCUCCAGUUUGGGAAAAGCUGGGCGAAAAGUACGCUGACCGCGAUGACAUCAUCAUAGCCAUGGUGGACAGCACAGCCAAUGAGAUAGAGUCUGUGAAAGUCGAUGGAUUUCCCACACUCAAGUUUUUCCCUGCUGGUGGCAAAGAGGUGGUCGACUACAGUCACAAAAGAGAUCUGGAGACUCUCUCUAAGUUCCUGGAUAAUGGAGGAGUGAUGCCUCAGGAGGAGAGUGAUGAAGAGGACGAUGAGGAUGAUGAGGAAGGCGACGAUGCAAAGAAAGCCGAGGACGCCGUCGACGAUAGCAAGGAAGAUGAAGAGUCUGCAGAGGCGUCGCCCAACACGACACUGAAAGAGGAGCUUUGAUGUCACUGUGAUUUCUGUCCAAUCACAAUCAGUCUUACAUCUUUUGUUUUUAUUUAAUAAAAUUCAUUCGGGUUUGA